AUGUCGAGCUUCAGCCCCGAGCUGAUCGAUUACCUGGAGGGGAAAAUCUCCUUCGAGGAGUUCGAGAGGCGCCGAGAGGAGCGCAAGAGCCGCGAGAGGAAGGAUGGAGAAAGUGUACCUACUGAGGAAAAUACAUACGACCCAGAUGCUCCAUCUACAUCUGGAAAAGGAUCUGGUAAAUCCCGGAGUCGCAGUGAAACAGAAGGAGAAACGACAGAUGGUGUCAGUAAAUCUGUCCAUCGGGUCUUUGCUUCCAUGCUUGGGGAAAAUGAAGAUGAGGAGGAGGAAGAAGAGGAAGAGGAGGAGGAAGAUGAAGAAACCCCUGAGCAACCCACAGCAGGAGAUGUUUUUGUUUUGGAGAUGGUGCUUAAUCGAGAGACCAAGAAAAUGAUGAAAGAGAAAAGGCCUCGCAGUAAACUUCCUCGAGCCCUUAGAGGCCUCAUGGGAGAAGCCAACAUUAGGUUUGCUCGAGGGGAACAUGAGGAGGCGAUACUGAUGUGCAUGGAAAUCAUAAGACAAGCUCCUCUUGCUUAUGAGCCAUUUUCUACUCUUGCCAUGAUCUAUGAAGACCAAGGUGAUAUGGAGAAAUCAUUGCAAUUUGAGUUGAUUGCAGCUCAUUUAAACCCUAGUGACACUGAGGAGUGGGUUAGACUGGCAGAAAUGUCAUUAGAGCAGGACAAUAUUAAACAGGCCAUAUUUUGCUAUUCAAAAGCUCUGAAGUAUGACCCUACCAAUGUGCGAUAUCUGUGGGAGAGAUCAAGCUUGUAUGAGCAGAUGGGAGACCAUAAAAUGGCAAUGGAUGGCUAUAGACGUAUCUUAAAUCUUCUGUCCCCUUUUGAUGGAGAACGCUUUAUGCAGUUGGCCAGGGACAUGGCGAAGAGUUACUAUGAAGCCAAUGAUGUCACCUCUGCUAUUGAGAUAAUGGAAGAAGCCUUUUCUAAACAUCAGAGCCUCAUCUCCAUGGAAGAUAUAAAUAUAGCAGCUGAACUGUAUAUCUCCAACAAACAGUAUGACAAAGCUAUGGCGGUUAUUACGGAUUUUUCAGGAAUUGUAGUUUCAAAGAAAGUGACUGAACAAGGCCCUUCUGAGGAGAAUAAAGACAUGAAAGAUGUAGUGGCUGUCGUGGAAAUUCAGGAGAGUCAAGUGGCAGUGAUUGACUAUCAAGAUUUUCCAGCUGAAUCCAGCACUGUUUCUGAAGAUAAAGUUAGCUGCUCUAUACCUGAUGGAGUUCCAAUAGACAUCACAGUAAAACUAAUGGUGUGCCUGGUUCACCUGAACAUCCUAGAGCCACUCAGUCCUCUUUUGACUACUCUAGUGGAGCAAAAUCCAGAGGAUAUGGGGGACUUGUACCUGGAUGUUGCAGAGGCGUUUCUGGACGUUGGAGAAUACAAUUCAGCACUACCACUCUUGAGUGCCUUAGUUUGUUCUGAAAGAUAUAACUUGGCUGUAGUUUGGCUCCGGCAUGCAGAAUGUCUAAAAGCCUUGGGAUAUAUGGAGCGUGCUGCAGAGAGCUAUGCAAAAGUUGUUGAUCUUGCCCCAUUGCAUUUGGAUGCAAGAAUUUCACUUUCUACACUUCAGCAGCAGCUGGGCCGGCCUGAGAAAGCUCUGGAGGCUCUGGAACCAAUGUAUGAUCCAGAUACAUUGGCACAAGAUGCUAAUGCUGCCCAGCAGGAAUUAAAGUUACUGCUCCAUCGUUCAACGCUGUUGUAUUCUCAAGGCAAAAUGUAUGGUUAUGUGGAUACUUUGCUUACCAUGCUAGCAAUGCUAUUAAAGGUAGCAAUGAACAGAGCUCAGGUGUGUUUGAUAUCUAGUUCCAAAUCUGGGGAGAGACACCUUUACCUUAUGAAGGUGUCUAGGGAUAAAAUUUCAGACAAUGAUGACCAAGAGACAGCAAACUGUGAUGCAAAAGCAAUAUUUGCUGUGCUCACAAGUGUACUGACAAAAGAUGACUGGUGGAACCUCCUCCUGAAAGCCAUAUACUCUUUGUGUGACCUUUCCCGAUAUGAGGAGGCAGAGCUGCUGGUGGAUUCCUCGCUGGAAUAUUAUUCAUUUUAUGAUGAUAGGCAAAAGCGCAAAGAGCUGGAGUACUUUGGUCUUUCAGCUGCAAUUCUGGACAAGAACUUCAGAAAAGGUUACAACUAUAUCAGGAUAAUGCUAAUGGAAAAUGUUAAUAAACCACAGCUCUGGAACAUCUUCAAUCAAGUCACCAUGCAUUCUCAGGAUGUACGACAUCAUCGUUUUUGUCUUCGAUUAAUGCUGAAAAAUCCUGAUAAUCAUGCACUGUGUGUCCUAAAUGGGCAUAAUGCAUUUGUAUCUGGUAGUUUCAAGCAUGCUCUCGGACAAUAUGUGCAAGCCUUCCGUACUAGCCCAGAUGAACCUCUGUACAGCCUUUGCAUAGGCUUAACUUUCAUCCAUAUGGCAUCUCAGAAGUAUGUGUUAAAAAGACAUGCUCUUCUUGUACAGGGAUUCUCUUUCCUUCACCGGUACCUGGGCCUCCGUGGACCGUGCCAAGAAUCUUUCUAUAACCUAGGCCGUGGCCUUCAUCAGCUGGGAUUAGUGCAUAUGGCAAUCCAUUAUUACCAAAAGGCACUUGAGCUUCCUCCUCUCAUCUUAGAGGGCAUAGAAGCUGAUCAGACAGACUUGCGAAGAGAUGUUGCCUUCAACUUGUCACUAAUUUAUCAGAGCAGUGGAAAUUUAAGAAUGGCUCAAAAGCUGUUGUAUACAUAUGGAAUCGUAUGAUGGAGUUUGUGGCACCUGUUUGUGACUGAGAGGUAGCCGGCUAGGAAAAUAACAUUUGUCAUUUCCACUGGGGCAUUGAGGAUCUCAGGCAUUACACACCAAUGGAGAGAUCAGUUCAAAAAGAUAUGUACAUAUUUUUUUCUAACCUGAUCUAGAUGUGAUUGGAUCAGAGUUGUUAGUUACUGUAUAUAUUUUGUUUCCUAAACUUUUGAGCUAUUUUUUCCAUUUCCUGAGGUUGGAACUGUAAAAUGCCCCGAUACAAGCAAAGUUUGACAAGCAGACUUUUGUGAGCAGAUUCUCCAGACAUACUUAGGUGUUGGUCGAGCACCUUAUUGAUGAGUUUUUGUGACGCCUGAAGUUGGUGCUGGUUCACAGAAUUCUCAGCUGAAUAAGGGACUAAAAAUGAUGCACACAUUUUUUUGGAGAAGAUUUUUAAAAAGUAAUUUGACUGGCUACUGUCUAAGUUCAAUUCUGGCAAUUGGUUAUAUUUGCUGUGUACUGUACAAAAUUGUUACUAUUACAGUGAAACCCCGCUAUACCACGCCCCGCGAUAAUGCGAAUUCGGAUAAAACGCGAUCAUAAGGUGGCUCCGGCCGCCCCAAGCGAAAAAAGAAAAAUGCGGCUGGAGCACCGCCGAGGCAAAGAAAAAAAGAAAUAUGCCUUCCCCCCUGCCCCUGCUUCCCCUUUUGGUGAGACGAGCCAUUCUCCUCCCCAGCUGCUCCUCGCUCUUCCUCUGCCCGUUUCCCUCUCUCGCUGCAUGGCUGAGAGCCCCCGCUGCUGGAGCAGGCUGGCAGCUGGGAGGGAUGCUACAGAAACAGUGGCAUGAACUCUGCUCUGAACAUCAGCAACUCCUCAGUGUCAAAUGCUGCAAUCGGCUCUCUGGGUGGAGGGGAGUCAGCUGAGCGCCUUUGUACAGAUCUCUUGAGAGCCGCUCCAGCCCCAGUCUGCCAGGUCCCAAAACUCCGGUUUUCAAAGUCCAAACCCAGCCAUUCUCAGGCUGGUUCUGGCUCAUUUAAUAGGUUGGUUAGCUUGUGCUGUCACUAAUUAUUGCUACACCCUUUCAGUUAUCAUUAUGGGCAUUUUGCAAAUGCAAGUCAUUUUCUGCCCAAGAGAAAUUGACCUGCUUGAAAUGGUAAAUUUUCAUAACCCCGCUAUAACACGACCCUGCAUUUAUCGUGAUCGAAUUUUUUGGACCCCAAUUAUCGUGUUAUAGUGGGGUUUCACCGUAUAUAGGAGAGGGAAGACUGAAGAAAUGGAUUGAGGGGGGAAGGGAAGAUAUUAGCCGAACACCCCCCAGACAAUAGAUGCUCUUGGAUUCCUGGGAGAAUUUUUCCAGAGAGACUUAAUGUUCCAAAUAACUGCAAUUGCAAGACCUUUAAAGUACUUAGAAUAUUUUUCCAGGAAUCCUUAUCAUCCUUUUUAUUUCAUCGCAAGCUGUGUCUGUUUAAGAAAAGCAAUUUUCUUUUAUUACUAAAUCAGUGUCACAUCAGUAAAAGGUAUCCAUUUUCUGGAGUACUGUAAAUUGGUCUAGUAAAGUUAGUUAUUUAUGAAAUCAGCAAUCAUUUAAAUAACUUAUUCUCAGCAAAGACAAACACAAAAAAAGUCCCAAGUUGUUUAGUGGGCUAUACAUUUGUUAGUGUAAUAACCUACAGCCCAUUAUCUUCCUGUACUAAAUAAUUAAAUAUUGAGAGAGAGUUGCUGCAAAUUCUGUAUAUUGCUUUGCUAAUCAAGAAUGAUAAUUCCAAUUAUACAGGUGUCAUAUAUGUUACUCUUGUCCAGCAGAGAAAUAAUCUCAUGCUGGAAGUGAUGAUGAUGAUAGGGCUAUCUCUGAAACUUGUCUUCAGUAAGAUUUGUUUUAAAAGCCUUUGUAGCAUUACAACACUAAACUUUGGUAUGUGUAGUACUUUAUGCUGGCCCAACUAAUUCUAGUGGGAACAUGAAUUCUACUAGAUAACACAUUAGUUAGUUUGGUGGUAUCACGCAUUAAAUCUCAGCCACUUGUUACAGCUCUUGAAGAAAAUUGGAACAAUGGUCUUGCCAAAUUCUCUGUUCCUGGGGAACCAAAAUAUAAUUUGUUUAUAUUAGAUCAGAUGAUGAGAUCAAAUGGUCGGACAAAAUGAUGACACAUACAUACUACUAUUGAAAGUUUGCUGUUCACUAAUCAACACAUUAGAAAUCCACAGAUUGUGAGAUUUUUUUUUUAAUGUGCUGAAGGUAAGAGAAAAUGACUUGUGUUUUGGAGGAUAGGUCAUAACUGACCAGCAUUUAUAGUCUCCCGCUUAUUAUACUUUCUUCUUCAAAAGUCAGCUUUAAUUCUGCUAUUUUCUAACUUUAAUGCUAGACUUUGCAACCUUAAUUUGGCUCCCUUUUUUGUGACAGUAUGAUAGUCUCAAAUUUUAUGAUCAGAUACUGCUUUUUCCACAACUUUAAUCAGUGCACAGGAUGGAAUUAAUUGGAUCUAAAACAUGAAUGCACGGAAAUUUCUUAAGAGAAACUUGUUAAGAUUUUAACCUGUGAAAAACAAUGUUUUUUUUUUCCCCGCAAACUGCUUUUGCUAAAACUAAAAAAAAACCAGCCGGAGGUGGAAACCUUUAGCUUUAAUGGUUGGCAAAGUUGUAAGCAAUUGAUAAGUGGCUUAGAAUGGAAAACAUUGUUAGGCAACUUUAGCUGUAGUUGCUGCCAGCUCUGACAUUCCUUUUCCAGUUUCAUGUAAGAAAAUAACUUGUAGACAGUUCUGUAUCACAUAAUAAAUUAUUACAAUAUUGGGCUUAA